GUCGAGGAUGUUGGUUUUACGAAGAAGAUCUGUUCAGAUUCAGAAUAUCCAAUCAUCAUCCAUCACUCCCCACUCAGCCCCAUCCGACACGAGACGAGAGCCGAUAAAACGCGCGGACCACCGAAAUCUGGUUCAAAGCCUUACGAAUAACCGUUCCUUUUUUCAAUGAUGACAUCAUCGAUAGUACAACCUCGAAGACGACAUGAGACCUUAAAGAGUAGGCUGAAAGAGGCCGAUCUCCGGAUCAAUGGAUCGAUCUCGGAUCGCUUACAACAUGAUCGGGAUAGCUUAUUGGAGGAAGAGAAUGCACAUAGAGAUCGAAUGGACGCGAUCGCAGGGUUUCGAAAGAGCGAAAUCAUUCCUAUCGGAAAAUUACAGCGGGCGAUAGACGAAUCAGACACAGAAUCGGAGCCGUUAUCGGAGAGUGAAGAGACUGCGAGUGGACAACAGGCUCUGCAGACUGGAGGAACAGGAGGAGCCGACGAGCUUUCGCAGCAGCUGGAGAGUUCACAGGAUUGGCAAGAUCAUAACAACACCGGCCUGGAUGACCAGCAUUCCGACGGAAUGAUUCCCGCUGAAGACUUGGACGCUGACUUGGAAGACCUUGACAAUGACGAGCUCGAUUAUAGUCGCGCUACUACUGACCCUGACCUAUCUAGUAGAAUCGGCCAAAUCGACCAAAGUUAUCAAUCCUUGGAGGGCGAAGACUAGUCGACAGUAUACCUAGGAAAACCGCAUCCAUCCGCUCCGAGAGCUCGUCUCACUUCAUUGCUGUUGUUGUAUACUAGGAAACUCGAGGCCCACGUUUGCUACUAUUUGCUAAUUCCAAUCAAUUUGAUUCAUGUCGGACAUUCAACUA